AGUUAACAACCAGGUGAGGGGAGAGUCUAAGUCUCAGUUGGGCACCAAUUGAAAGGAAAAAAACAGCCUUCUCUCACGGUGAGGAUCAGUGCCACCAUCCCGCACACCUCCAAUUCCCAUCACUCCACAAACACAUCCUGGACUUGUCUUCGUGUCACAUGUCUUCAACUAUUCACACCAGGUCCCAAUCAUCUCGUUAGUAUGUUUUUAAAUGUUUCCCCUCUGCUCCCCACAUUUGUCCAUCAUUGUUGUUUGCCGUCAGUGAGCUACAUGCAACCGGGUCUCCUAUCCCAACGGUGUCACCCGGUGCAAAGUUCCAGCGUAUUUUUCAAAUGAGACAAAACCUACCUCCUGUGGUCAUAUCCCAGUCCAGUGAAUGCAAAGGUGGCCUAGAGGAACUGAAGAUUAGAGACGCGAUGACAACCCAACAACAGGAGGUAGAAAAGCAAUAUGACCCCGCAGAUAAUACGCUCAAGUUCGUAAAUAGACCGGACGAUUUAGAUCCCCUGGAUAAUGACACCACUGUCCUCAAGGCUGAGAUGUCCUGUGGUCAUGCAGUCACCCCAGAGUCUCUGACUGGAUGGUGCCGCAGCCUCCUGGACCAGGGUCAGUUCAGGUUUUUGUGCCCUGCAUACAAAAAGGACACAGCCAAGAAGUGUGGCGCUGAGUGGCCUUACCCGGAGGUACGUAGACUAGCUGUGCUCACCACUGAGGAGAUGGAGCACUUUGAGAAGACCAUGGCUGCCUCGGCCGCUGCCACAUACUGUGAAUACAAAUCAUGCCCUGGCUGCAACACCUACGUAGAGAGAGCGGAUCUGUCCAACCUUAAUGUCCGAUGCACAGUGUGCACUGCAGACAAAGGUCAGAGGUACGAGUUCUGCUGGCAGUGCCUGAAGCCAUGGACGGGUCCCACGCCACGCGCUGACCACUGUGACAACGAUGGCUGCAUCAACCAGGACCUUGAACUGCUGAAGAACUGCAAAACCACCACUUUGCCUCAGGUUCAGGGGGUCUCCGACUGCCCCUCCAUUCGUGCCUGUCCCACCUGUGGCCAACGGGUGGAGCACAACAAGACCGGUUGUAAGAAUAUUCUCUGCCCGAGGUGCAAUGUGGAGUUCUGCUUUGUGUGCCUGAAGGUCACAUCUGACUGCUUGAAGACCAGUUCAUAUUUCAGAGCCUGCUCCGGUGGUGUUGCCCCUAGGCAGACUUCUAUACCUGUAUGGCGUAGAAACUGAUAGAAAAGAUAACCAUAUCUGCUUACUUUAGACUUUUAUUUUAUCUUCCUCCAUGUACGGGGUAUUUUCUGCAUUGUCUUUGCUCUUCUAGAUUAUUUCUACCUUUACAUAUGUUGGUGUACAGUUAGAGCGUAUGUAUUCAGUCUUUCCUGUGAAGCAUAAUGAGUUUAAAAAAAAUAUUCUGUUGUAAUCUUUGAUAUAAAGUUUAGUGGGCUGUGUUAGAUUCAGUACUUAUCUGAAAUAUGUUUUGUAUCAUUACUGUAAUUUUGCUCAUUAUGUAGUAUUGGAAAUAAUUGUAAAUAAUAUAUUUAAUAUAAAAAUGGUGUUCCCCCUAAAGUUAUAUUUAAAUAUAAUACAUUUGAUUUUUAGUUCUUUAGUUUUGUCAACUCAACAUAACCAGCAUCAUUUAAAAUUGUUUCCUGUUCCAGUUAUGUCUAAUCCUUAGAUUAAUAAACAUGUUCAGAGCUCACUUUUUGAAUGAUUUUUUUUCAUUAACUGACCUUUAGAGCAAGUGAUUACAAUACAAAUUGGAGGAGUGUAACUGCAGAACACUGUGUGUCUCAGGGGCAUCAUGUACCCUGACCCUGAAGGAGAGAUACUUCCUGUAGCUGACUGUCAGGCCCGCCAGGAGACACACAACACCAGUGACCCCCAGGACGGAAGACACUGUGAGGUCUGUAUUGAACCCUGUAAUUGAGAGGGAGGGGCCGGGUCAAAGGUCAGACUGGUGUCAGGGUUCAUGUUUAGAUGUAACUGGGAAUCAAAGUUAGAAUUAUGAUUGACUAGAUGUGUCAAUAAUGUACAAUGUGUAUUUUGUUUUUCUGUUUGAGAAAAAAAAGAUACAUUCCAACUUGAUAUUGUGCAAAAUCAAGGAAACAGACUGCACUUCCUACUCCGCUGUAAUCACUUCCCAGAUGUUGAUGGUCCGUGGUUAAGACAUCUGAGGCCUGUGCCUGACAUCUAUAAUAAAUAUUUGUUUGCAUUUGCAUAGUCACACGUCAGCUCAGAGGUUAUUCUACGCCAGGAUCGUCUUCACAGUCGUAUAUACUGCAUCGUCAUUUUUUUUGUCCCGGGCCGGUGCGUGUAAAGAGAGAUUGCACCCCGACCCAGCGUUACCCACGCUACGGCAGUGGGUGCGUCCGUCCAGCCCAGUCCUCGGUUUCAGACUCAUUCUCCUCUUUCCAACACUCUUUAUGGGGGACAACAAAUGGAGAGGGUUAGAGAUGAGGAAAGGGAGAGGGGCACAUCAUGAGAAAUAGGCAGGAAAGACAGUAUUUGAAUAUAGUCAUAGAGAGCAGAGGAUUUAUUAAAGGGGUAAUUUGUGAUAUGUGAUACGAGAUUUGUACUUCUAGCAAAAAUGAACCGAAGAUACCUUCAGCAAAUGUUUUAAGGUAAUGUUUGAAAUAUUUAUUUCUAAAGAAAGUUCCUGAACUGUUUCCUAUUCAAACUUUUUCACCAGUCAGUCUAUCUUAAAAUCUUGGCUUUAGACUCUUGCAAUACAAUUACCCCCACUCUAAACCACUCUGAAGUAGCUAAUCCUAUUCUUUCGUAAGGGAAAAGGGGGAGACAAAUCAUGUCAUGGUUUAAUAUUCUGUCUUGUAAAGAUUACAUGCAGGUUUCUACACAGACCCAUCCAGUUUGUCAGAUGUUUGUAAAUGCUGAAUUCAUCCAGGCACCAGUCAGUCUGGCACUCCCCCUUGUGGAGUUGAUGAUAUGGCACCCAAGACCACUGAGUAAUGGAAAGUACAAAUGUGAAGUAGAGAAACUGACAAAAUGGCAUUACAAAACAUUGGGAUAUAUGAUGUUCAUAUAAAAUAUCACUACCUGUCCCUGCAGAAGAAGGAGGAGUUGCCAUGGCAGAUGGACAGUUAUCCAAAAAAUGCUCACCUAUAGAAGAUACAUGCAAUUACAGGUGGAUCUCAAAGAAUGCUUGCCAUCUUCCCUCCGUUCAAGGCAUCUGCUAUACAGUAUGCCAGUGGAAAGCACAGGGCAUCAUCAAAGAUCACAGCCACCCAGGCUAUGGUCUGUUCACACUGUUGCUGCCUGGUAGACACUACAGGAGCAUCGGAGCACGCACUUCCAGACUCACAAACUCUCCGAAAAACUGCUCUGAUGACUUUCUAUGUACAUUCAAUGUACAUUAGCACAUAUUAAUGUACCAUUCAUAGGGACUAUUACACUCAUUUAUAUUUAUUAUAUUUCUUUCAAAUUGUCCAUAUACCUCAUGUCUACAGUCGUUGGAAUUGUUGCUAGUUUA